AUGGCAGAGACCAAACGCCCGGUGGGCCUAUUGUUCGACAUUGGAGGAGUGUGUGUUGUAUCGCCAUUCCAAGCAAUUCUAGACUAUGAGAUCGCCCAAAAUAUCCCACCAGGAUGGGUCAAUUUCAGCAUUUCACGAACAAAGCCGAACGGGAGCUGGCAUAAGCUGGAGCGGGGCGAUAUCAAGAUGAAUGCAGACUUCUUCGCGGGCUUCAAUGCAGACCUGCGAAACCCAGAUCUAUGGAAACAAUUCCACCAACAACUACAAGCGAAACAAGGCACCAUUUCGACCACCAUCCCUCCCUUACCAACGGUGGAUGCCGAAUGGCUCUUCUGGGAGAUGAUGCGGAUAUCGCGCACCCCAGACCGAUAUAUGUAUCCGGCUCUUAAGAAGAUUAGAGAGUCUGGUCAGUUCUUGAUGGGCGCUCUAUCCAACACUGUUAUAUUCCCUGACGGACACGAAUACAAUAAAGACGUCUCUGGAGUCAAGUCGCAAUUCGACUUUUUCAUUUCCUCAGCGCAUUCAGGCCUUCGAAAGCCUGAUCCGAAGAUCUAUCAAGUGGCGUUACAGGAGAUGGACACUCUAGCUAAGAAGCGGGGACUGCCCGGGACCAACCCCAACGAUGUCGUCUUCUUCGACGACAUUGGGGAGAACUUAAAGGGAGCAAAGACGGCCGGUAUGCGUACAGUCAAGGUGACUCUUGGAAAGACCCAGGAUGCAGUCAAGGAACUGGAGAAGCUCACUGGUCUUCAAUUGCUGGAGGACCAGGCACGGCUGUGA